CCGGGUGCUACGCGGGGCUCCGGGGCGCUCGCUCCGGCUGCGGCUGCGGACAUGUCGGGUCCGCGCGCGGGAUUCUACCGGCAGGAGCUGAACAAAACCGUAUGGGAGGUGCCUCAGCGGCUGCAGGGCCUACGCCCGGUGGGCUCCGGCGCCUACGGCUCGGUCUGCUCGGCCUACGACGCGCGGUUGCGCCAGAAGGUGGCUGUGAAGAAGCUGUCUCGCCCUUUCCAAUCGCUGAUCCAUGCGAGGAGGACGUACCGUGAGCUGCGCCUACUCAAACACCUGAAGCAUGAGAACGUCAUAGGGCUUCUGGACGUCUUCACGCCGGCCACCUCCAUCGAGGAUUUCAGCGAAGUGUACCUGGUGACCACCCUGAUGGGCGCCGACCUGAAUAACAUCGUCAAGUGUCAGGCACUGAGCGAUGAGCAUGUUCAGUUCCUGGUCUACCAGCUGCUGCGUGGGCUGAAGUAUAUCCACUCGGCAGGCAUCAUCCACCGGGACCUGAAGCCCAGCAACGUAGCAGUGAACGAGGACUGCGAGCUGAGGAUCCUGGACUUCGGGCUGGCGCGCCAGGCUGAUGAGGAGAUGACUGGAUACGUGGCCACACGGUGGUACCGGGCACCAGAGAUCAUGCUGAACUGGAUGCACUACAACCAGACAGUGGACAUCUGGUCUGUGGGCUGCAUCAUGGCUGAGCUGCUGCAAGGAAAGGCCCUCUUUCCUGGGAACGACUACAUCGACCAGCUGAAGCGAAUCAUGGAGGUGGUGGGCACACCCAGCCCUGAGGUUCUGGCAAAGAUAUCCUCGGAGCACGCCCGGACAUAUAUCCAGUCUCUGCCCCCCAUGCCCCAGAAGGACCUCAGCAGUGUCUUCCAUGGAGCCAACCCUCUGGCCAUAGACCUCCUUGGAAGAAUGCUGGUGCUAGACAGUGACCAAAGGGUCAGUGCAGCGGAAGCCUUGGCCCAUGCAUACUUUAGCCAGUAUCAUGACCCUGACGAUGAGCCAGAGGCCGAGCCUUAUGAUGAAAGUGUCGAGGCCAAGGAGCGCACACUGGAGGAGUGGAAGGAGCUUACUUACCAAGAAGUCCUUAGCUUCAAGCCCCUGGAGCCAUCCCAGCUACCUGGCAGCCAUGAGAUUGAGCAGUGAGGCAGUGCCUGAGGGGAGGCCUGAGCCUGUUCCCUUUCUUCAGCUUUCCAGUCUUCCUCAAGAGGUGCCUCUCAGGCAGCCCUGACACCUAACCUGGGAUCCCUUUGCCUUGAGAGGACUCUACACAUAUACACACGAAUGCACGGAUGUGUACCUAUGCCCACCAAUAUGUGUCUGGAGUCUGAGCAGUAGUGUUUCUGGACCUGGCUUGGUCCACCCAGAUUCUCCUGGGGACCUCAGCGUGUGGCAUCUGAGUCUGUCCCUGUCCCCGCCCAGAUCUCUUCUGUUCUUGAGGACUAUCUGGAUUAGGAGGAAGGCAAAUGGGCCAGGGUCCCUGGAGUGUCCAAGGGAGGGACAGUCACUGUAGAUGGAGCUGCUCAACCUGGAAAUGAGUGGCUGAAAGCUGAGGCAGGGCCAGUGCCCCACCCAACUGAGUUGAGUUCCCCCUGGGGGAUGUCUGAUCAGAAAAGCCUGCUGCAGCUUUGCCUGAGAUAUGUGGGCAAAUGGGCAUGAGUGUGCACUCAUGGUGUGCACCUCAGAGCACAGGCAGAACCGUGCUGGUGUGUAUGAGUCUGUGAGUCAGCAGCCAUUUCUGGUAUGGCACCCAAGCUGGAGGCACUCUUCCCUCCCCGCUCCCAGCUGUGAACUAGCCUAAAGGCUCUGAGAGGUGCCAGGAGUUUUUGCUAGAGUGUGGGAGCUGCAGCAGGAUCCUGAAGCACAAAGGACACAGUGCCAGCUGGGAAGCUGGUGAAGUAAGGGGUUCUAAUCUCAUUAAUGCUCGGUGGUUAGCACCCAAGGAUAUGAACUUGGACAUUCUUGCCCCUGGACCUUGACUCAAAGCUGACAAACGUCUGCCCACAUUCUACCUCCACCUACCCUUGUAGUUCUGCAGCUGGUCUGGGGUGCUGUGGUCUGUGAGUCAUCCCUUUUUCCCUUUCCCCAGAGAGGAGCUGACCAAGUAACUUGUGAAGUGGGACCUUGUUUGAAGACAUGUUGGGGGUGUGGCUCCUCCCUGUAGAGACGACGAUCUCUUGCUAUCAGGGACCAUGGGAUUCUGGAUGUCAAGUGCCUGCACCGAGCGUGCACAAUAAAGGGGUUUCCCUCUUGCU